GUAGAUGGCAAAAUUGUAAGCAGUUUCAGCAAGUUGAAUUGCGCGGCUCCUUCGUGUGUUUCUGGAAGCAUAAAUGCUGGACAAAGCAAAGUGACCAUUAAUUCCCAGUGCUGUAAUAAUACAGUUUACUGCAUCACUCAGCCUCUGUCAGACUUGCCAAAAAAGAGUCCUAACGGAAAUCAAUGCUUCACCUGCAAUAUGACAGACUGCUCAAAAAUGCUGGCCUGUGAGGGCGAUGAGACUCAGUGCUUUACUGCAACAGUUUAUGGUAAUGAUGGGAAGGUGCCGAUGAAGGGAUGUUCAAGCAGGCAGCUCUGUGGCAUCAACGGGACACAGACUCUGGGUUUACCUGCUCCUCUCGGUGCUGCUGUUACCAAAUGUUGCCAGGGAAACCUGUGUAACCAAGCUCAGAGUCCGAGAGCUUAUUUCCCCAUUCUGAUAGCACUUCUCUCUCUGUUUUUGUUCUGAUGUGUUCGGCCUUCCACUAAUUUUGAAGCACAUCUAAACCAAAAAAUAAUAAUAAUGGAAUUUUUUUAUUCUCACUGUAAACUGAAAAGGAAAAUUAAUUUCCACAGUCACUGAAAUAAUAAA